AUGUACUUGACUGGUUAUGAUUACUUUGCUGUGAUUUACUUUGAGGCAACUUGUGAAGAGAACAAACCAAGCUACAGCCAUCAGAUCACUGAAUUCACUGCCUUCUUGUUCCAGUUUGCUAAAUUCCAGGAGUAUGUGCGGCCCUUGCUCAGCCCUAAACUGCCCAGCCUCUGUACCAGUUUGACAGGGAUUCACACAGGUAUGACUAGUGCUGAAAAAGUUGACCAGGCAGAUCCCUUUGUGGAUGUCCUUGCCAAGGUGGAGAGAUGGUUCUCACAGCAUGGCCUCGGCCAAGAGAAGACGUUUGCUGUGCUCACAGAUAGGAAAUGUUACUGGAGCUACAAUGCUAUAACCCCUUGCAAACAAAGUAAAAGGGGGGACAUAUCUCGCAUGGCGAUCAAGAUGCUCUCGGACGGUUGCUGCCCCUCCAUCAACGAGCAGAUCCAGAUCAAGGUCGACCCAGGCUGGUUUGAAGCUACCUUGUCCACUUAUGAAACAGUGCAGGCUGGUCUGAAGCUACCUUGUCCACAUAUGAGAUAG